GGAUCCAAUCUAACAAGAGUUGGAACUCUGAGGAAAAAAGAAACAAAGACAGAAGUCCCCAUCGCUCACACCUAACCGAGCAAAUGAUGACACAUACUGGAAAAAAGCCACACGAGUGUUCUCAGUGUUCUCAGUGUGGGAAGGUGUUUAGUCACAUGUCUGCUCUCAAGACACACCAGAGGAUCCACACUGGGGAAAAGCCGUAUCAGUGUUCUCAGUGUGGAAAGGCCUUUAGUACAAUAGGUAAUCUCAAAAAUCACCAGAGGACCCAUACUGGGGAAAAGCCGUAUCAGUGUUCUCAGUGCGGGAAGGUCUUUAGUCACAUGUCUGCUCUCAAGACACACCAGAGGAUCCAUACUGGGGAAAAGCCGUAUCAGUGUUCUCAGUGUGGAAAGGCAUUUAGCCAAAUAGGUCCUCUCAAGACACACCAGAGGAUCCAUACUGGGGAAAAGCCGUAUCAGUGUUCUCAGUGUGGAAACUCCUUUAAGGACACUUCUAGCCUCAAGAGACACCAGAGGAUCCAUACUGGUGAAAAGCCAUAUCAGUGCACUACUUGUGGGAAAAGUUUCAAGACAAACUCACAUCUCACCUCCCAUCAGAUCACACACUCUGGAGAAAAGCCACAUCACUGUUCAGAGUGUGGGAAGGUCUUUAGCCACAUGUCUGCUCUCAAGACACACCAGAGGAUCCAUACUGGGGAAAAGCCGUAUCAGUGUUUUCAAUGUGAAAAGGCAUUUAGUACAAUAGGUCAUCUCAAGACACACCAGAGGAUCCAUACUGGGGAAAAGCCGUAUCACUGUUCUCAGUGUGAAAAGGCAUUUAGUACAAUAGGUCAUCUCAAGACACACCAGAGGAUCCAUACUGGGGAAAAGCCGUAUCAGUGUUCUCAGUGUGGAACGGUCUUUAGUCACAGGUCUGCUCUCAAAAAACACCAGAGGAUCCAUACUGGGGAAAAGCCGUAUCAGUGUUCUCAGUGUGAAAAGGCCUUUAGUACAAUAGGUAAUCUCAAGUCACACCAGACGACCCAUACUGGGGAAAAGCCGUAUCAGUGUUCUCAGUGUGGAAAGGCCUUUAGCCAAAUAGGUAAUCUCAAAAGACACCAGCUGAUCCACGGUUCUGAUGUGCUGCCCUGAUAAUACUUGAUAAAGUUUUUACUUUCUUUAAAUGUCUUUGGUUAAAUGAGUUUUAAACAUAAUGUCAUGCACACGAUUAAGGCUAAUUUCUUCAUGUCUGAAGCAUGUGUUGGGGUAAAGAUUGAAACCUAAGUUUUUCAAGUUUGUGAUGGUGUUGAGGAGGGGUGUGUGUGCUUUUAUACAAACUACAAUCUACAAGCAUCUACUAGUGCAUGUACAAGUAAAAGUAGUGUAUGCAUCAGCUGUCCAGAUAUGAGGCCAUAAACAGAUCAUCAUGUGAAGGCUGUGAGCUUGGCAACAGCUGAAAUAUGUGUUGAGUCUCGGGGCGGGGUGGGGGUGCACAGAAAGGGUGGUAGGGAACAAAGCAUUGUCAUUGUCAAAAGGGUACACAGACAAACAUGGCUACCUCGAGAAAACAGACUCUGCACUCACUGUAGUAAUCGGGUAGUGGAGGAUGAGUUUCUUUUCCUGACAGAAUGUAAUGAGUACAACAACAUCAGGGAAACCUACUUCUCAAGAACAGAAGAUAUUUGCUCUGGGUGUAUACAAAUGAAAAGAGAAGACAAAUCACUCCUAGGGGAAAUAGGUGAAUACAAAGACCUAAUCUCCUUGUAUCUACUCUCUUGCCACAUAUUGAGAGAUAAUACCACAUAACUGUAAAUAAUGAAUAAAACAUUAACAUUUAUUGUUGUUUUUUUUCUUUUUCAUUUGGUACAUUACAUACAUUUUUUACUGAAAUGUUUGUCAGUUUAUUUUAAAAUAUUUUUCCUUUGACGAUUUUUUACUUCAUUAUUAUUAGAAAACUAUUAUUCACACAAAAAAAAACCUUCUUUACAUGAACAAGACUGAUAGAUCAGAAUUGAAUUGAUGAAGAGUUUGAGGUUAAUCAGAGCAUACACACAGGUGAAAAGGCCUACGAGGGUUUUAAGUGUGGAACAGCUUUUAAUCAUUACAUUUGCAUUUAGUCAUUUGGCAGACACU